CUUCGUCUCAUGUUGGACCAUGAGCAGCGGUACUGUUUUACCUAUGAGGGCCUUGAGAGCCUAUCCGGUCUAAGGUUCCUCGAGGUGGAAGGUUCGAUGAGAAAUUUUGAUGCAGAAGAAAGGCUUCGUUGGCACGAAUCGCCAUCAAAUGUUCUUCCAACUAAUGAGAAUUCAGUUCUCCUUCCACGAUUACGAUGGCUUUCGUGGAGAUGUUUUCCACCAACACUUAACAUUGCAAAUUUCUUCGUUGAGGAUUUGGUCAUUCUCAAUCUGUCUUGGAGUAAAAUUACAGAUGAUUGGAAAGGGUGGAGCCACAUGAAGGUGAUGAAGAAUUUGAAAGUUCUGAAUUUGUCCUAUUGUGAUAGUCUACAAAGGCUGCCAGACGAGCCGGGUAGAGGUCUUGCAAGCCUUGAAUACGUAUCUCUAAGUUUUUGCAGUUCGUUGAAGAGGCUUCCAGAUUCGAUCGGAAAUAUGAAAUCACCGAUUGAGUUGGAUAUAUCCUACUCGGGCAUCGGCGAGCUGCCCGAUUCCAUUAGAAAGUUGAAAAAUUUGAAAAGAUUGAAGAUGCAGGGGAGUAAGAUAAGCAAAAUACCCGAUACCCUUUGGAUGAUUGAAAAGCUCGAAGAAAUAGAUGCCUCCAACAUUAGUCCCAAAUUCCAUGUGAACAUUGGCAAUUGCAUCCACAAGAAUGAAUCCCUGAGGAUCUUGAAAUUGUUUAGCGCGGAAAUACACUUACUAGCAAGGCUUCCUGAAAGUCUUGUCACUCUAUCUCUUGGUUCGUUGGAGAUGGACACGUUUCCGGAUCUCUCAAACCUCACUAAUCUGAAGGAAUUGGAUCUGAGGUUUUCGUUUCUUGAUUCUGAUGGGGAGUCUUAUGGGGAGACUGAUGUGCUGUGGAAGAAUAUCCGAUACCACAGUGGAUUGGGAACUUGAGCAAACUGGAGUCUCUGGGCCUGCAGCUGUCAUUUUGUGACCACCUCACCAACAGACCUUGCCCUCCCUCCUCAACUCAAGCGGCUUCACCUCAAGUGCCCUAAACUGCGUCGCCUCCCGAGGCUUCCCUCAAGUUUAUGGUCCUUAGAAUUGGAAAGGUGCAAGUCACUUUGCUCGAUGGAGUCUCUGCACCUGAGCUCUCCUUGUGGAACCACCUCACCGACAGACCUUACCCUCCUUCCUCUUCUCGACCUU